UCUGCUUUAAGUCUAUAUGGUCCUAUCCUUUCUUUCUUGCCUCCUUCACCAUUUCAAAUCCAAAGAAAAAGAAAAUGGGCUGUUGCAUUAGCAAAUGUAGACCCAAGAAACACUAUGCCAUUCAGGUUUACUCCGACCAUAGUGUUCAGGACAAGCUUGUGAUUUCUCAACAAGCUCCAAAAUCUACUUCUAAAAUUACUCCAAUCGUUCCUUCUUCUUUAUCCAUUAAUAAAAUUUCCCCAUCUCCUCCUUCUCCUACCACUUCUUCUACAUCUUCCAUCUCUUCUUUCACUUGUUCUAAUAGUACCAACACCAGUGGUAGUAGCACUAUUAGCUCAUGUUCAUCACUCUCUAGUGGAUCUUCAUCAAUCUUGACCUCAAAAGAUCGGUCCUUCUCCAACGAGUUCUUAUGGUCAUGUGUUAAAGAGAACCCACACGUAAUUCGCAUCAAUUCAAUCAAGGAAUACUCGCAAUUGCUUGUUCCUCCAAAUGUACUUGUGCGAAAAUUCGACUCAUCACCAGCGAAACAAGCUUCGUUACCCUUGAAGCAAUCGAGCCCACAAAAGGUCAACGCUUCUACGCCUCAAAAAAGAGUUCGUUCUAACUCACCAACUCCGGUUAAUCGACAGAAAAGCUUCCGGAGAGAGUCGGAGAGAUUUACGUAUAAUUCUCUGCAAUGUCGAACUUUGAGGUCACAAUCUCCAAGUAGGCGAUUUGAUGGAGAUAGUGGCAGGGGAAUUUUGACUAGUACGCCUAAAGAGAGUUGUUUGAAACGCAUGGCUGGUAAUAUAAAGGUAAAUGCAGCUAAUAAUAAUUACGUCUCUUCAUCUCUAAGAAGGGAAAAUCUGAUCAAGCCAGUUAGUCCAUACAGUAAUCAUCAUCAGGUUCGUUUCAGUAAAGAGACUUGCAUUCAUCGUAUAAGUUCGAAAAUAGAUGAAGUUGCAGUUGAAGAAGCACUAGCUCCUCAGGAUAGUGAAGCAGUUCCCAUGGAGGAUAUCGAUAAUCCUCUUAUUUCCUUGGAUUGUUUUAUUUUUCUGUAGAAAUGAUUGUGUGUGUGUGCCUACAUAUUGUGCAUAGUUAAGAUUUUGGGUUUUUCUUUUUCUUCCUUUCAGGUUUUAUAUUCAUCCAUAGGUCUUGAAACGAUCAACUAGAUCACAUUUCUGUACUAACAUGCAUUGAUUGGAAUCUCUGCAGGUUUUAUAGUGUGGAUGUUAGAUGUUUUUAAUGCUGAUCAUCUACAUAAUACUAUUUUUUUGGGAAAAGAAAUUCUUUUGGAGAAUGAUGGUAAUCAUGAUGGAUUGAUGAUUCUUCUAUGUAAUUAUCAAUGAAUUGUAUUCUGUUUAUCUCAGUGUUACAACAUGUUAUUUAUCAAUGUUAUCAGAUUAUCAAUUAGAAGGAUUAGCUACAGAAGUAUCUCACAAGUGCUGUAAAACAGAUUUUUCAGCCAAACUGAACCGGAUCUGAACUGGGCUUGGGUCAGGAUUCCUUAUUUCGUAUUCUAGAGUAUUAUCUGAAUUCGAAAAUGUGUUUAUGGUAAAAGAAGGCUGGGCCUCAGUGGGGCUCAGCUUAUCCAAGCCUCCAUGCAUAUACACAACUGGAUCAUAUAAUUUACUACGGCUGGUGCUGCUGCUGGAAAUGGCUAUACAAGAGAAGUAGCUUUUUCUUCUUUAGAGAUCUUAAGGUUAAAGGGUUAAUUGGCCUCUUGAAUCAAUUUUUUUAAGAUGUAAUUCGCUCUAAUAUUAAUUUUUUUUUAGCUUUUGAUUAUAUCAAAGCUUUCUAUUAAUGAUUGAUUAACUUU